AAAAACUUAGUUGAACCAAAAUUAUCCAUGUGCCAGUCAUCACACCGCUUCUAUGUUACUCCGAUUUUGAAAAAUUGACCUCCUCUCCCCUUCCAAGCUCUUAUAAGGAGAGUGAUCUCCACUGUCCAACCCACUUUAGAUUUUCACACUCAAGUAUGGCAGUCCAAACGCUCCUCUCUUUUCUCCUUCUCCUCGCCGUCUCUACCUUCGCCGUUUCUGGCUAUGAGGACUGCGUGUAUACAAUAUACAUAAGAACCGGAUCUAUCAUAAAAGCAGGAACCGAUUCCAUUAUCAGCGUCAGGCUAUACGACGCCUACGGCGAGUUCAUCCAGAUCUCCAAUCUAGAGGCCUGGGGCGGCCUCAUGGGUCCGGAAUACAACUACUUCGAGAGGGGCAAUCUCGACAUUUUCAGCGGCAGAGGAUCUUGCUUGAGCGCUCCGGUUUGCGCUUUGAACUUGACCUCCGACGGAACCGGCUCGGGUUCCAGCUGGUACUGUAACUACGUUGAGGUCACAACCACCGGAGUUCAUGAGUCUUGCUCGCAGCAGCAGUUUACGGUGGAGCAGUGGCUCUCCGAGAAGGUAUCGCCGUAUCAGUUGACGGCUACCAGGAAUUAUUGUCCAGAUCUCGCCGAUGUUAGAGGCCGUGAUCGGGUGAAAUCUGCUGUACUCUGAGAAUUAUUGUCCAAAUCUCGCCGAUGUUAGAGGCCGUGAUCGGGUGAAAUCUGCUGUACUCUGAGAAUUAUUGUCCAAAUCUCGCCGAUGUUAGAGGCCGUGAUCGGG